GUAUUGAUGUAUUUAUAAAUAGCGUGUUAUUGGUUAGAUAGUAGGCCUAUAUGUCACAUGUACAUUGUUUGUCAUAUGAUAUCCGCCGUACAAUCACAAACAGAUUAGACAACGAAUGUUCUUUUUUUUUUACAAAUAUUCGGCCCUCAAGAUGGAGUGGAAGUCAUUAGCUCUGUUCGCGGCUUGCAUUGUUUGUAUACAUGCAAACUAUAAGAUAGCUGCUGGAAAAUCAGCUUGCUACAAACCAUCGCCAGAUUAUAAACCACUAAAAACUUAUCCACGUCCACAUGAAUAUAUGAAUCUAGAUGAUUUACCAGCCUCAUUAGAUUGGAGAAACAGGAAUGGUGUUAACUAUGCUAGUACAACUAGAAAUCAACACAUUCCACAAUAUUGUGGUGGUUGUUGGGCUAUGGGAUCUACUAGUGCUAUCGCCGAUCGUAUUAAUAUAAAAAGAAAUGGAAGUUGGCCGCUAGCAUAUUUAUCUGUACAGCAUGUUAUUGAUUGUGCUAAUGCCGGUAGUUGUGCUGAAGGUGGUGAUGACGGUCCUGUAUAUGAUUAUGCUAACAAGCAUGGUAUACCUGAUGAAACGUGUAAUAAUUACCAAGCUACAGAUCAAAAAUGUGACACAUUUAACGAAUGUGGUACGUGUACAACCUUUGGUGAGUGUGAAACUCUAAAAAAUUAUACCCUAUGGAGAGUUGGCGAUCAUGGAAAAGUCAAACAUCGUCAAAACAUGAUGGCUGAAAUUUAUACAAAUGGACCAAUUAGUUGUGGUGUCAUGGCCACAGAUGGAUUAGAAAAAUAUCGUGGUGGAGUGUUUUCGGAACAUCAUUUCUUUCCUAUGAUAAAUCAUGUUGUAUCGGUAGCUGGAUGGGGUGUUGAUUCUAAGAUGGGUGAAUAUUGGAUUGUUAGAAACUCUUGGGGAGAACCAUGGGGUGAACGAGGAUGGUUCCGUAUUGUAACUAGUGCUGGUCUAGGAGGUAAAGGUGAAAGUUAUAAUCUAGGUAUAGAAACACAAUGUGCUUAUGCUGAUGUUAUUGUCCCUAUUGCUUAAAUAUUACGUAAUGUAAAAGCAAAAUUUGUAUAUAGAAGUUUAUACAAAGGAUGUACAUUAUUUUAUAAUUGUGUAAUUUAUUUUGUUACUUAUGGAAUUUAAUAUAUAUUUUUUUUAUGUUUAAAAUGUUUUUAUACAGUCGUGUGUGUACGCACAAUUUACAUAAAAAUGGGUACCGACGACUACCUCAAACCCGUACCUGUCUGAUUAAAUUCUCAUAAGCAACGUG